CGAAUCAACCGAGGCCCUGUGGAACGCGACGAAAGAUGGUCACAUGAUGGAAUCACGUUAUAAACACGGAUUUCUCUCAGAGAAUCUUUCUCUCUUAUUUCUCUCUCUAGUUUUGAGACGAACUGUUUCUCUCUAGUUUUGAGACGAAUUAAACCUUGCCAAAGUAUUGCAGGCUCAAACUUUGGGUUUCUGUUGAAGGAUACUACUGGAAUUUGUAUAAUCUGAGGAGGAGUUCCAUCAAUUAAUCUUGUAGUUUUUGUUAUAUAAGUAGACGACAAGAUGAUGCCUAAAAUGGGAUCAAUUAGAUACAACUUCAUGGAGAGGAGCACACAGAGGCUCCUUUCUCAGAAGGAGGGGUAUGAUUCUGAUUCAGAGGGGUGGGACUGGAAAAGGUGUGGGUGUUUCCCUCGAAUUGGUGACAGGUUAAGGAAGAUUUGGAAUGGUAUUGGUGAGAAUGCUAUCUAUGGUUGGCAAUUUGGCAAGUCGGAUCCACGAAAACUAAUAUUUGCUGCAAAAGUGGGCAUGGCACUUUCCAUCGUUUCUCUGCUUAUAUUCUUGAAGGAACCAUUCAUGGAUAUAUCUGUCUAUUCGAUUUGGGCAAUCUUCACUGUUGUAGUUGUAUUCGAGUUUAGCAUAGGAGCAACCCUUAGCAAGGGGUUUAAUCGUGGCUUGGGAACGGUAACGGCGGGAGGGUUGGCCCUUGGCUUUGCAGAACUAUCCACACUUGCUGGAAAGUGGGAGGAGGGGAUCCUUAUUAUAAGCAUAUUUGUUGCAGGUUUUGCAGCAUCCUUUAUAAAACUCUUUCCAAAGAUGAAGCCUUAUGAAUAUGGGUUCCGUGUAUUCUUGAUUACCUUCUGUUUCAUUAUGGUGUCUGGUUAUCGAACAGGGACAUUCAUUCAAACAGCAAUCACGCGCUUUGUACUCAUAGUAAUUGGUGCCAGUGUGACUUUGGCUGUCAAUAUCUGUAUAUAUCCCAUUUGGGCCGGCGAGGACCUUCAUAACCUUGUAGUAAAAAAUUUCACGGGUGUUGCUAAGUCUUUAGAAGGUUGUGUUGAAGGGUACCUUAAGUGUGUUGAAUAUGAUAGGAUUUCUUCAAAAAUUCUUACAUACCAAGCCUCUGAUGACCCUGUUUAUAGUGGCUAUAGGUCAGCUGUGGAAUCCACAAGUCAAGAGGAUACUCUGAUGGGAUUUGCUGUCUGGGAGCCACCCCAUGGACCUUAUAAGAUGCUGAAGUAUCCAUGGAAGAGUUAUGUGAUGGUCAGUGGUGCUCUAAGGCAUUGUGCAUUCACAGUGAUGGCAUUGCAUGGCUGUUUACUGGCUGAGAUACAGGCACCCCCAGAGAGGAGGCUUGUUUUUAGUAAUGAGAUGCAAAGGGUGGGAUCUGAGGGUGCCAAAGUUCUACGUGAGCUCGGAAGGAAGGUUAAGGCAAUGGAGAGACUAGGCCAAGAGGACAUCCUUUCAGAAGUUCAUCAGGCAGCCGAAGAACUCCAAAAGAAGAUUGAUAAGCGCUCUUACCUUCUCGUCAACUCCGAGUGUUGGGAGAUUGCACCCCAGCGUAAUGAUGUCCAAGAAACAGGCAUAGUAGAAAGUGAUCAAAUUGAAAAUCUCCACUACCUUGGAAUAAAGUCUCGUAGCGAAACUGUUCUUGAUCUCAGGCCUCUACACUUGUCCAAGAGCUGGGACCCACGACUCCCUAGUCCUAUUCCUAGCCCUAAUCCUAAUGCUAACCUGAGUGCGAAUGCUAAGCCCCAUGUUGGGCCCAACAGAGAGGUGUUCCAAAAGCAGAUAUCAUGGCCUUCGCGAAACUCUUUCAGCUUUGAUGGGACCGAGGACACUGAAGAGGAGAGGACUUAUGAGAGUGCUAGUGCCUUGUCUUUAGCUACUUUCGCUUCUCUCUUGAUAGAAUUUGUCGCUAGGCUUCAAAACUUGGUGGAUUCAUUUGAAGAGUUAAGUGAGAAAGCCAGGUUUAAGGAGCCUGUUGAAACUCCCGAGGCCCAUCCUGGGUUUUGGGAGAGGUUAACUGGGUGCUUUCGAUCAAAGAGAUGACCAGUUUUGAGUAAUCUGAGAGUUGGUAUUGAUCACUGUGAAACCAGGUUGAAGUUGGACCCAGCGGCUGGUUCAUUGUACACAUGAUAACGAGGUUGGAUAGAGAUGGGGGUUGCAGAAAGUGUGUAGUGAUGCAAAAUGCAGGCCAUUGGUUUUACAAGUGACACUGAUGCGUGCUUACAAGAUGUAGAAAUGCAUCAUCAACUUCAACUGUGGGCAGGUAACGCCUCAGUCUUGUAAGAAAAGUACAGUUAUUAUGUAAAAUCUGAUUAUUGAUUAUAAAGCUGGUGCGUUCUGUCCA